AAAUAAAAUAAAAUCAGAAGAAAGCGAAAAUGUUACAUGAAGACAAUUUUUGGCUUUCAACAAACACACACGCCAAAGUGGUCACCCUGUUGUAAUUAAAUGUUGUGUUAAUGAAUUCUAAUCACAGCUUCGUCUCCAGCGUAGAAGCUUUUCUGGACGAUCUGGCUCGGCAACACGAGCAGCUGUUUGCUGGGCUGUGAUUGAUUGGACCGCGGGCCUGAAGAAUUUGCAUAUAGCAGCAAUAGAAGCAACAACAGGAGCGUGCAAAACACACACACAUGUACACAAAGCAUCCAGUGGAUGGUGAGGGAGCUUUGCUGGAGUCUGUAGGUGGUGAUGUGCGACAUAGUGUGAAGGCCGACAAAGUUUGCCACAUUCGAGGGAAUGUCGUCUUCACACAGAAUGGAGGAUGGACACGGUUGGGAGGAGGAAGCGGAGCAACUUGAACCUCCUUUGCCGCUCAAGUCUGACGAGGAUGAUGGUGGGGCCUGGCCGUUCUUGCCACUUGCUCACCACUAUGUGCACCGCACACAUGACUUCCACCCUGAGAUGUGUCAUGACUUGAGUCGCCACUGUGCUCUGUGCUGCCAUCAGCGAAGAAGCCCCGAACCACCCUCCCAAAACUGGCUACGAAGCCAGGUGUCGCCGAGCGUCUCGGUGAACGUGCCGCACUUCUUUGUGCCGCCUGAAGAGCUCGUGUCGAGAGUCAGCGGUGUGACGACGACAACGGCGGCGGUCUCCUCGGCGGCGGUCUCUUCGGCGGCCUCGCACGCACACCAGAGACGACGAAGCCUGCCAAAGGAGUCGAGAAACAUCUUCAUCACCUACUCCUCGGACUCGUCUUGUGAGAUGAUCGGCCUCGUUGACUUCCUGUCCAAACAUGGCUUCCAACCUGCCAUGGACACAGUUGACAGGCCCCGUACAAACGUGGACGUCAUCACUUGGGAGCACGCUUUCAUUAAAGACCCAUCCACCCCCAUCAUUGUGGCUAUCAGUCCGCGCUACAAGGCAGACAUUGAAGGCUGUGCUGUGCACACACGCGGUUUGCACACUAAAUACAUUUACUCCAUGAUGCAGCAUGAAUUCAUCCAACAGGGCAGCUUGAACUUCCGGUUCAUCCCUGUGCUCUUCCUCGAUGCCUCCCAGGAGGACGUUCCGGCUUGGCUUCAGAACACGCGUGUCUACCGCUGGCCGCGGGACACGAACGACCUGUUGCUGCGACUGCUGAGGGAGGAGAGGUUUGUUCUUCCUCCGGUGCCCGUGGAGCUCUCCCUCAUCAUCACACCUGUGGCUACCACAUCUUAAAUCCUACCAUAAUAGCUCUAUAUGGAUCUUUCAAGGAUUGGAAGACACUUUAGGAACCAACAUUUUUUUUUUUUAAAUGGCCAUUAAUAUUACUGUAAUUUGUAUAAUGCGCACCCAUGUAUAAUACGCACCCCCAAAGUUGACCUCAAAAUUUUGGAAAACCCUUCUACCUAUGUAUAAUGCAUUUUUACCAUGCAUGAUUUUGCUUCUACCCAGAUGAUCAAAACAUGAAGUAUUAUCUGUAUUUUGUUAGUUUUUUCAAAAAAUUAUUCUGAAGUUAAGCAUUUUAUUUGAACACACAAUACUUUCUUUUUAUUUACUUGUUAUUAUUUUGAAAUUCACAGCCCUACUUUUAUUUAGUAAAUGAGAAACACACAGUUGUGCUCAUACGUUUGAUUACCCAGGCAGAAUUUGUAAGAUGUGUACAAUUCUUUAAAGAACACAUGAAGGACCAGGUGAAACACAUUUAAUUUUAUUUUAAUGAGAUUCAAAUUAAACUGUCAAGCAUUUCAGAAAAGCAUGAUCAUUAAACAAAACAUAACCAUCAAGAAAUUCAUGAUGGCUGUUGUUCAGUCAUCAUUCGUAUUAAAAAAAAAACAAUAUUUCACAAAUUCUGCCUGGGUAAACUUAUGACCACAAUGAUACAUAUUUGCAGUCAUAUGUACCCCUGUUAUAAGUCACUGAUGGUGUAGUGGUACACUCGCCUGACUUUGGUGCGGGCAGCGUGGGUUCAGUUCCCACUCAGUGACGGUGUGAAUGCGAGUACGAAUGGUUGUCUAUGUCUACGUGUGACCUGCGACUGACUGGCGACCAGUUCGGGGUGUAGUCCGCCUUUCGCCCAAAGUCCGCUGGGAUAGGCUCUGGCACCCCGCGACCCUAACCAGGAUAAGCGGUGUUGAAAAUGGAUGGAUGGAUGUACCCCUGUUAUAUUGGAAUGAAUGUGUAGGCUACACCUUUUUCAUAACCAUUAGGUGACUGUGACAUACUAGAAUGAAAGUGUACAACAUUUUUAUAACCUCUAGAUGGUAGCAUACAUUUAUAAAAUGUAAAAGUUGUUUCUUUUCCCCCUAUACCUAUGUAUAAUGCGCACUCUUGACUUUUGACAUUUUUUGUGAGGGGAAAAAAAUUUGCAUUACACAUGAAAAAUUAUGGAACUUUGAUUACAGUAAUAGGAUAGUAAAUCAAUGUUUAUGUUAGAGCUUCUACUCAAGAGAACAUGCUAGCUGUGUUAGCUGCUAUGCUAGCUGGGCCACGAACAAACUUUGAUAUUUGUAUGUCUGAACAAUUUUGAAAAGUACAAGAGGGGACAUAACUUGGGUCUACCAAAAGUCAGAGCAAUUAGCUUGAUGUAAUUUCUGCUCACUUUUUCUUUUUAGGUUUUAGUAACAGGGUUGCGUGUACUUUGAGAGAAACAACUUCCAAGCAUAAUUACAACUAUUUAAAAUACAUCCGUGAUCAAAUAAAAUUUUGUAAGGAAGGUAUAUUAACAAUCAUACCAAAAAAAAAAACAACAGAUUUAAAACGCAUUUUAUCUGUAUGUGUUAUCGAUAUAUUGUCCAUCAUCAAGAGGAAGGAACAAGGCAAAAAAAAAAUAUCAUUUUAGGGGCUAAUCAAGAGCCACUUUUAUGAUGGCUACAGUUACAGUUAAAAAUACAGCUUGGUUUGGUCUUGCUGGAAGAACAAAAUUUGAACCAGUGUUUUGAAAUCUGACAGGCAUUUAUUUGAGUCCUUAGAAUAAUUAUAUGGUAAAUAUUAAAUGAGCUUCCACUUGUACAGCGCUAUUCUACCUUCAAGGUACUCAAAGCCCUUUGAUUAACAUGCAUACUGUAAAUACAUAACGACAUGCUAUACUUAUAUCUGCUCUCGCCUCGCCCCCAGGCUUCUUCCUCCACCUUCCAAAAACAUGCCAUUUGAACAUGGUUGUGUUGACUUUUUAUAUCCACUGUAACCACCUUUCACCUCCUUUGUUAAUAUUUGUAUUACUGACUGUGUUGAUUGUGUUACCAGAAAUAAAUACAUAAGUCAAUUACAGUU